GUUGUUUUUUCCAAAGUUGCCUAAAUGCCACGUGCGUCCACUGUCAGUUCAUUCGUAACAACCUAACCAUUACGAAACUUCUAUUAGAUCAAAUAAGCCUCACGAAGGAAAUUAACGAUUACAUUUUCUGUUGGACAAAUUCAACACCGACUUCCAUACAAAAAAAAUCACGUCGUGGUCUUAUUUUCGUGGACACAUUUUGGGCGGCCUAAACACUCGCUUCGCCUCGUCUUCUCUUCUCUGACGUUCAAUUUUGUAGCUCGAGCUGUUGCAACGACGCAAGAGACGCAACAAGAAAUGGACAAAAACGUGCGGAAGCUUCGAAGUAAAGAUAUAAACCCAUGCAUUGAAGAAAGCGAUGGCUCUCAGAAAUGUUUGGAUGCCAAUAACUAUGAUAAGAACAUGUGUUCUGCAUAUUUUCUGAGAUACAAAAACUGCAGAAAAUACUGGCACAACAUCAUGGUGAAUCGGAGACAAGACGGCGUGAAGCCUGACAUGCCCACUGCUGAGGAGCGCCAGCAGAUACUAGCUGCCAUUGGAGGCAAGCCCUACUGAGGCAGUGGCAAGACCAGCAGAAGGAAACACUGGAGCGGGGUGUAGACCAUACUUUCCAGUAAAGCUCUGGAACAGACACUUUCUUUAUGAAGGUCUGAGAGUUCCUCCACACACCUCACCAUUAUGAAGCUGACCGUGCCCCAAGAGGUGCCUCUGCCACACUGUGUGCUGCUUGCCACUGAAGGCUGAUGGGGGUGCUGAAACCUGUGUCAAAUACCGAUAUCAAUGAUCAAAUCACUACAGUAUGCCUAAUGCUGCAAUCUGGCAAUGAAUGUGCAUAGCUGGUAAGUAUGAGUGGAGCUAUAUGGAGAAGCACUGCAAGUUGCCUUGACAAAUCAAGUAUUUUAAUAGUCUUUAAAGAAAGAACUGGAAAGACUGGACUUACUCACCUUUAUUUGCAAGCCUUGCCAGCAUCUCUGAAAAUAAACAAUGUGUAUUUGUAAAAAGUUA